UUCUCCUGGAGCUGCCCGAGUCACUGGCCAUCACUGGUGGCUAUGCCCAGCAGUACCGAGCCGUGCAGCUGCACCUGCACUGGGGCUCCCCGUUGGGACUCGGCUCGGAGCACACCGUCAACGGCCAACGCUUCGCUGCGGAGAUCCAUGUGGUCCACUACAACACCAAGUAUGACAGCUUUCAGGAGGCGAUGGUCCACCCAGAUGGCCUGGCUGUACUGGGAGCCUUCCUGGAGGUUGGGCCAAGGGAGAACCCAUACUAUCAGGAAAUACUCGAGCAUCUGUACAAAAUCCAAAGAGAAGGUGAGGAAGUCUUGGUGCCUGGAUUCAACAUUGCAGGUCUGCUGCCUGCCAAUCUGAAACUCUACUUCCACUACAACGGUUCUCUCACCACUCCUCCCUGCUACCAGACAGUGAAGUGGACAAUCUUCAACCAGACCAUGGUGCUCUCUCAUGACCAGAUGCUGAUGCUAGCGAUGAGCCUGAGAAACGACGACAACCAACCUCUGGAGAACAAUUACCGGCUGGUGCAGGGCCUGCAUGGGCGACGGGUGCUGGCGAGUUUCCAGACCACCCUCUUUUCAUCGAAGCAGCUGCCUUCUGGUAGUGACAGCUCAGCAGGAGCAGAAGGACACUCCAGCUCAUUUCACGCAGGGGAUGUGCUGGCCGUGCUCUUCGGGGUGCUCUUUGCCAUCACGGCGCUGGCUUUCCUGCUGUACAUCUACAAGCACCGCAGCCAGAACGCACGGCUGGACUCACCGACCAAAUCCAAGGUCAUCUACACAGCAGCCACCACAGAGAACACCGCGUGA